AUGGAGAAAUUCGAUGGGUUCGAAUUCGAUCGUCGAGAUUUCCUGGGGAAGGGACAAUUUGCGAUGGUUUUCAAAGGGAGGCACUUUGAUAAGCCAGACGUGCCAGUCGCUGUGAAAGUGAUCGCCAAGAAGGACCUUGGACGGGUAAAAAAUCAAUUGGCCAAAGAGAUCAAAAUUUUGAGAGAUUUGACCAAGAUAAAGCAUGAAAACGUUGUGGGUCUGCUCAAAUGCUCGGAGACACCGAAAGACGUUUAUUUGGUGAUGGAGUUUUGUAAUGGAGGAGAGUUGGCACAGUAUUUGGAUAUGAAAAGUACGCUGGAUGAGGAGACCAUUCAACAUUUUAUUAUUCAGAUUGCUCAAGCUCUCCAGACAAUGAACAAAAUGGGAAUUGUACAUCGAGAUGUGAAGCCCCACAAUAUUCUUCUCUGUCAUGAUCCCCGCAUCAACAAUCCACACUUCAAGGACAUUACCGUCAAGCUUGCGGAUUUCGGGUUCGCGAGAUUCCUUAACGAAGGAGUGAUGACGACAACAAUGUGUGGAUCUCCACUUUAUAUGGCUCCAGAAGUUAUUAUGGAGCAACCGUACGAUUCGAAAGCGGAUCUCUUCUCAGUUGGAGCUGUCUUCUUCCAGUGUCUUACUGGAAAACCUCCAUUUCUGGCGCAAAACCCACAUCAACUCAAGACAUUUUAUGCCAGAUCCCAGAACAUGACUCCCAACGUUCCUGAGUGGUGUAGUACGGUUCUUUGUGAUUUGCUGGUGGGACUUUUGAAGCGAAACGCUGAAGAUCGGAUCUCAUUUGAGAACUUUUUCAAUCACCCAUUCUUAACCUCCCCUCUGAUGCCAACACCAUCAAAACGGAUUCUCGAGAAUGCACCUAUUCAGAAUCAAAAAAUUAUCACGCCACAAUCGGAGCUGCUGAAGAAAGUGAAUUCACCGCUGCCAGCCACCAAAUCUGCAGCUGUCAGAAAAAUCGGAGAACCACGAGGUGGCGUUUUGAAAGGUGUCAACCCGUUCUUGAAUUCACAGCGACCAGUAGAAAAAGUGCCCGAAAAGAUGCAAGAGAGCACGGAUUUUACAUUCUUGCCACCAAGAGCCGAGAGCAUAAGAAACAAUCACUCUAGCAGCCUCACUACUACAAUCACUUCAUGUAAACCAGUUCCGGUACCCAGCCAACGAAUGACCUACCAAAAAAUGGAAGAGAAAUUGGCAGCUGCUAGAAAGCUGUUAGAGCCACCGGUUCCAAUUUCUCAGUUGGAAAAUGCACCUAAGGAGGCAGAGCCUGCUAGACGGAAUACAUUAAGGGAUCCCAGUGCAGAGGACAUUGAUAGAUUGACGCUUCCUAGUCCUACAUUCGUUUCUUGCAAAAACGAAACUCGUCAAUCUCCGAUAAAUAGAAGAGACACGAGCAUCUUUCCAUUUGCCUCAUCUGCACCUACUGCUCUACAACUAUCACCUCCUCUGAAACCACCCGCUAUAGAUGACGACAUCGGAGAAGAGCAUAAACAAAUUCUGGCUAAGCUACGAUUUGUGGCUGAGCUCGUUGAUACAUUGAUGCAUGUAGCCGAACAGAAAGAUAACCCGCUGGCAAGCGCCAUGGCAUCACGAAGACAGUUGCUUACCACUGGAACAUCCACUACAAACACAUCAUCUCCAUAUAGAAGAGCUGAGCAAUUAGUGGUUUAUGUUCGAGCACUUCAUAUGUUGUCAUCGGCUCUUCUAUUGGCACAGACUAAUGUUGCUAAUCAUGUGUUACAUCUAUCACAGGCGGUACAACAAGUGUUGAAUCAGUUGAAUGAGAAAUAUCAGCAGUGCUUGGUCCGUUCACAAGAAUUAGCCUCUCUAGGCCUUCCCAGUCAAGAUCCAGCGCUCGUAGUCAUUUCAGCAGAGCGAAUAAUGUACCGACACGCCAUUGAUUUGUGUGAGGCGGCUGCUCUUGAUGAACUAUUUGGAAAUCCGCAUCUGUGUAGUCAACGCUAUCAAACCGCCUAUAUGAUGCUUCACACAUUAGCAGAGCAAGCUACAUGUGAAACAGAUAAAACCGUGCUGACAAGAUACAAACGAGCCGUUGAAAAUCGUCUUCGCAUUCUGGAGCGACAAGGAUACGUGACUGCUGUGAUGUAA